CAGCGUUAGCCAACUAUCAGCUGCCAUUGUGUUUCGGAUCCAAAGAUAAGCCAGUUCUUUGUUCGUCAAUUACUCAACAUUCGAAUUUGUGAAUUUUCUUGGGAAAAUUCCAGCAAAUGAUGUCUCAUCAGUUUACUAUUCUUCUAUUCACAAAUUAAUUUUACUAUAAAAGCGACUUUUUUUACUUAUCGUUUGGUCAAUGAUCCGAAGUGUUAAAAAGAAACGAUCAAGCUAUGAUCGAUACAGGAAAUGGACCGUGGAACAAUGGAAUGACUGGUGUGUUUCAGUAGCUUACGACGAAAAGGAUACCUCAAAGUCACUCACCAGACCUCGACCAUUGGAUCCUACAGUGACCGAAGAAGAGUUACGAAAUUGGAUCCCGAAAUUUGUGGAAAGUCUUAAACGUAAUGAUGGACGUCGGUACUCUAAGGGCAGUGUCAAGAUGAUCCUUUCAAGUCUCCAUGUUUACUGUGAGGAGGUUUGCAAUUUCCAUGGACCACCAUUUUUAGAUAAACGUUCAUCCAUCUAUCCAUCAAUCAAACGUUUUCUUGAUAAAUAUGAUGAAAUGUCAUCUCGCGAUGACAAUUUAAUUAUGCAUCUGGAUGCUCGCGAUGAAAAUCGUCUCUGGUGCACCGGAGUGUUUAAUUUAACCACUGCUCGAGGACUCUUGUUUGCCGUUUAUUUUUAUAAUUUAAAAUUUUUAAAUCUUCCAAAGUCAGAUCAUCGGUCUUUAAAAGUUGACCAAUUUUCCUUUCUUCGAGACAAAGAUGGAAACCACUUUGUUGAAUAUCGCUCACCUCUUUUUAAAAGUAAGGAUUAUUCAGUUAGCAAGAAAAUGCUUCAAGCUGUGAUCGACCUUUACGAUGUUGGCGAGCCCAAUUCAUAUUACAAGAUAAUAAAAACAUACAUCGACUGUUUGCCUGUAAAAAGUGGACCAUUUUACCGCCGACCAUCAACAAAGAAACGUUCAGAUGGCUCGCCAAAAUUUUGCAAAACUCCAUAUAACGUGUCGCUGCUUAAACUGAAAAUCGAGCAAUUGUUGCAGUAAUCUCGAUAUAAUGUGACUCGAUGGUUUCAUCUUCGUCUAUUUCCAAGACAGAUUCUUGUUUUUUAGAUGGUAUUUCAUCUUUUUUUACUAUUUUGUUUUUGUCGUUAAAUAAGUUUUGUUCAUUAAUAUUGUCAUCAGCUUGAGAUUAACCAUUAACAACUACUACUUGACAUUCUCUUAA